AGCAGCCCGGAGGCCUGGCUGGGGUGUAGCAGCGCCGGGGAGGCACUCCGCGAUGCGGGAGGAAAGAUGAAUCGCCCCAUCCAGGUGAAGCCGGCGGACAGCGAGGGCCGAGGAGAAGACCGGAAGCUCUUUGUGGGCAUGCUGGGGAAGCAGCAGAGCGAAGACGACGUCAGGCGGCUCUUUGAACCCUUUGGCCAGAUCGAAGAGUGCACCAUCCUCAGAGGGCCUGACGGAGCCAGCAAAGGAUGUGCCUUUGUCAAAUACGGGAGCCACGGGGAGGCCCAGGCGGCCAUCAGCAGCCUGCACGGCAGCCAGACCAUGCCGGGGGCCUCCUCCAGCCUGGUGGUGAAGUUUGCAGACACGGACAAGGAAAGGACUUUAAGGCGGAUGCAUCAGAUGGCAGGUCAGCUGGGGAUCUUCAACCCGAUGACCAUCCAGUUCGGCGCCUACGGGGCCUAUACGCAAGCGAUAAUGCAGCAGCAGGCAGCCCUCAUGGCUGCAGCACAAGGGACCUGCCUGAACCCCAUGGCCGCCAUCGCCGCCGCCCAGAUGCAGCAGAUGGCGGCCUUUACCCCGAUGACCCCUUCGUCAGGUACAAGCACACCCCCUGGGAUCAGCACAGCGCCCGUCCCCAGCAUAGCCACGCCCAUCGGGGUGAACGGCUUCAGCCCGCUCCCCCCACAGACCAAUGGGCAGCCAGCCUGGGAGACCAUCUACACCAAUGGAAUCCAUCCAUACCCAGCUCAAAGUCCCACUGUGGCAGACCCCCUCCAACAAGCCUACGCAGGCAUGCAGCACUAUGCAGGUCUCCCUUCUUCCUAUGCACCCAUCGGCCAGGCCUUCCCCCAGCAAGCGCCCAUCAUGCCGCAGCAGCAGCGAGAAGGUNCCGAAGGAUGUAACCUGUUUAUUUAUCACCUGCCCCAGGAGUUCGGAGACGCCGAGCUCAUGCAGAUGUUUUUGCCUUUCGGCAAUGUCAUCUCUGCCAAAGUCUUUGUUGACCGUGCCACCAACCAAAGUAAAUGCUUUGGUUUCGUCAGUUUCGACAAUCCAGCUAGCGCUCAGGCAGCCAUUCAGGCCAUGAACGGCUUCCAGAUCGGCAUGAAGAGGCUAAAGGUCCAACUAAAGCGGCCCAAAGAUGCCAACAGACCCUACUGACCCCUGCUCACCCUGGCCCUGCAAACAGGUUGGAUGCCCUGCAGCGCCUGAGGAGAGUGCACCCUUUCCCGCGUGCAGUAUCCAAACGUGUGCUCUCUUUCUUUGCAACAUAUCACGGAGGAGGCGGGAGCGAAGGAGGGAAAGGCUGGUGGAAAAGAGCCAUUGCGGCUUUUUCUUCUUUUUCUUUUCUAAUGUUUGAAGCCGUUUGAUUUGUUUCUUAACGAGAAGGAAAAAGACCCGAUGGUGCUGGAGAAAAGACAAGCGGGCGCAGUUAUUUGCUGAAUAAGACUCUUAACCGACGUGGCGGGAGGAGACCGUGAAUUCCUCGCCGGGAGAGAGGUGGGAUUCGAGGAGGAAAAACCGCCUGCCCCAGGACUGAGAGCGGGGACCACGCCUUCACGAGGAUGAACCCUGCCCUUGCAAAGCUCUCAUGUGCUGCUACAAGUGUCGAAGGAGGAACUAGGAAAGAGGAUCCAAACGGAGAUAAACCAAAGCCAGUGGG